CUGAGAGUCACAGGAGCACAACUCACUACGAUCAACAAUAACUGCUGUGAUUUACUGAGUCAGGAUUGAAGAAUGACUGUGAUGAUGGUGAUUUUAGUUGCACUCUUGCCUGUUGUAUUUGGCACUGAAUGUGAUGAAUUCAAACCUCUGGACUGUUCAGAUCUUUAUAAACGAGGAGAAACAGUCAGUGGCAUCUACAACAUCUAUCCAACAUCUGGUGCUCCUCUGUGGGUUUAUUGUGACAUGAUCUCAACCGCUCAAGAUGAAGAUGAGAAAGGAGGUUGGACGGUCAUUCAAAGACGAAUGGAUGGCAGUGUGAAUUUCUAUCGACCAUGGAAACAGUACAAGAGAGGUUUUGGACUCAUCGAGAGCGAGUACUGGCUGGGACUGGAGAACAUGUACCAGCUGACACAUAACAGAAAGUACAUACUGAAAGUAGAUAUGGAGGACUUUGAAGGAAGAAAAGGUUGGGCUCUGUAUUCUUCAUUCUCUGUCGACUCUGAAUGUCAAGGCUAUCAACUGCAGGUGACAGGAUUUAAAGAUGGAGGUGCAGGUGAUGCUUUAUCUGGUCAUAAUGGAAUGAAGUUCUCCACCUUUGACAAAGAUCAGGACACUUAUGAAGCGAGUUGUGCCAGAUUAUAUCUUGGGGGAUUUUGGUAUGGAAGCUGUCAUACUGCAAAUCCCAAUGGUGUGUAUUUGUGGGGAGAAGACGCCACACUUUUUGCCAUUGGAAAUUCCUGGUACACCUGGAAGACCAGUCACGCUGUUGGUAUGAAAUCUAUCGCCAUGAAGAUCAAACGUGUGUCUUAGAACAACUAGAGAAACAGUUUUUCACAGGAGCAAACAUUUGAAUUUGUGUAUGAUGAGUUAGUGAUGAAUUCAUGUUUCCUUCUCUUUCACAGUGUUAUUGAGUUUCAUAUCUCAUUAAAUAUAUAUAUGUGUCUGUU